AUGGUCCAAGUUUUACCAAUCAAUUAUAAUAACGAACAUUAUAAAUCGAACAAUUAUGAAUAUCAACAACAACAUCCACCCCCUCCUCCUUUGCAUCAACAGCAAAUGCCUAUACCCAUGCCUGUUCCAAUGAUCAAUCAUCUUAUGCCUCCUCAUCAUCCUCCUAAUUUCUUUCAUCAUCCACCUCCACCUCCUCCUCUUCAAGCAAUCUAUCCAGCUGACCAACCAGCUGGACAAUACAUUGAUUAUGCUAGUGGAUAUCACCCAACUAUGGGUUUCAUUCCUCAAGGUGGUUAUUAUUCGGACAUUACAGUCUAUGUCCCCACUUUGCAAAAACAUUAUCCAUUAAAUACUACCAUUCUUUCUCGAUCACCCGUCCUCUAUCAGCGUAUUAUGGAAGAACAAUCAAAUACACUUGAAUUGGAUCUUUAUGUACUUCCUGAGACAUUCCAUACGAUCAUUGGUCAUUUGAGUCGCCCUUUGACACCUCAAGAGAUUAUGUUUAUUGCUACUGAGAAACCUCAGAUGGCCAUUGAACUAUUGGAAGCUUCGGAAGAAUUGGGACUUGAUCCUCUUUUGGAUGCACUCAUGCUAGCUCUUAAUCAAAAUUUGACACAUCAAAAGACGGCAAUGACUUAUAUUGAAGCAAUGGAUCCUUAUCAACCUUUGGAGGGAGAGGAACCACGUCGUUGGGUUGAAACACUUGAAGAGUAUAUUGUAUUAUUUAUGGUUAAAAGUCUUUCGACUCAAUUGGAAGCAUUUUCGACAACUAUUAAAGUCAGUGGUAAUGUGUUGAUUGGACAGGUAAACGCAUGCGGCUAUAUGCCUACACGUACACCCCCUAUGCGUGGUAUGAUGGAUUUGGUACGAGCUUAUGCUGCAUUACCUCAACAUUUGAUGAUUCGCUGUCUUGAACAUCCCGAAUUACCUGUUCAAGACGCUAUUCAACGUUAUUAUUUUGCUAAAAAAGUCUUAUCCAUUGUUGCUUUUGACAACCGAUUUCAUCAACGACAGAAUCAACCUCAAUUAAUGGCAGUCAUGUUAUUUGAAAAGGGAUUGGAUACAGUAGCUAUAGUUAAGCAAACUGGAAUGAAAAAGGGAUGCUGGAACCCUAAAUUGUACGAACAGUUAUGCAAUUCAGUUUAG